CGCUUUGCUUCCAUCCCACGCUACGUGGAAACCCUGGUGGUGGCCGACGAAGAAAUGAUGCGCUUUCACGGCGCAGGGCUCAAACCGUACCUGCUCACCAUCAUGGCGGCGGCUGCCAAGUUCUUCCGCCAUCCGAGCGUCAGGAACCCCGUCAGUUUGGUGGUGACCAGGCUGGUGGUGAUCGGAGAAGCCGAGGACGGGCUGAGGGUCACCUCCAAUGCGGCCGAGACCCUCCGCAAUUUUUGCUCCUGGCAGAAAGGGCUGAACAGGGCCAGCGACAAAGACCCCGAGCAUUUCGACACGGCCAUUCUCUUCACCAGACAGGAUCUCUGUGGACGCUCCAGCUGUGGUACUCUGGGCAUGGCAGAUGUGGGCACCGUGUGUGAUCCGGCCCGCAGUUGUUCCAUAGUCGAGGAUGAUGGGCUCCAGUCGGCUUUCACGGCGGCCCACGAAUUGGGUCACGUCUUCAAUAUGUUGCACGACGACGACAAACACUGCAAGGAGCUGAACCGUCAAAGCAAUACCCGCCACAUGAUGGCCUCCGUCAUGUCUCCGGUCAAUCCUGACGAGAUGUGGUCCCCGUGUAGCGGCCGCUUCAUUACCGAUUUCUUGGACAACGGCCACG